AGGAGGGUGUUUUUUCACUCUGUUCUGUGUUUAUUAAAAGGAUGUUAUCUGUGUAUUAUGGUCCUCACUUGAAAGGAAAAUAAUCGACAAUGGUAAUUGUCGAUCAACCUGCCGUAAAAUCGGCUGCCUCAAACACUGUGCAAGAAGAACAAACAUACACUGACAAACAAGGCGGAAACAUUGAUACCUCCAGAAUGAGAAGAUAUAGGGUUGGGGGUACUAGAGUAAUUCCAGAAAAAGAAUUUCCCGAAAACCGAGAGGAUCUAGUUGCAAGUAGCAACAAUUUAACGGAUGGACUGGGAGUAAAUACCUAUUGUGUCCCGAGCUUAAGUGAUACAAAAGUUAUUAUAGCUGAGGGAUCGAAAGACAUACAUUCACUCCCAGAGAAACAGUCUGAAAAUGGGAGGAGCUUAACAGAUGAAGGAGGGAUAAAUACACAUUUUCUGAACACAGACAAGUAUAGUUACCCUGAAUCAAAUGGUGGAAAAGUUAUACCAGACGAUGAAUAUCUCCCUCCAGUUAAACAAAGCAAUGAUGUUCUUGACUAUUCAGAUUUCAGGGAUAUACAGGAAAAAAGAAAAAUCAAAACUCAGCAAAUAGAGGAGGACCAAAAUGUCCGGAACAGGUGUGAAUCUGAUUUAAAUGAUAUCCUUACUGCGGACAAGCAAGAAGAACAAUUAGAGCCACAUCUGAAAGAAAACCCAGAUGACACGGAUAAGGUCAGUGAUCUGGAUCAUUUUAAGGAUUUAAUUCAAGAAGGGGAUGUGAAAUAUUUAUCUCAUGUCCGUGUUAAGAGACAAUGUUGGAUUCCGUAUUUUGAAUAUCAUCAUCAUUAUCUGGUAAUUGUUGCUAACGAUGAAGGUAUGACCAUUCUCCACUUGACAACAGACCGACUCCUUAAUUUGGUCUGCAGGAAAGAGUACAUUGACUUUUCAAAUAAGACACAAUGUAAUAAUUUAUUGAACUUUGACCUGGGUGUGGAACUUAUGCACAGAUAUGAAAUGCCGACAAAAGAAACAGAUUUGGAAGCCAUAGAAGAGAGAAUUCAAAAAAUGUGUAGAGUUGAUUACGUAGAGUACAGUUUGACGUCACCAGAAAAGUGGUACUGUGAAUCUCUGGUGUCAUACGUCAUGACUGGUAAAAAGGACUUUAGAGAGGUUGAAGAAUGCAUAAAGCGUUUUGGAUAUCGUGCAGAGAUAAUCAUAUUUGGAAUAAAUAAUUUCUGCAUGGUACAAUCCAUAACGAGGCGUGUUUGGUGUCGUUGCAAGGAGAAGUGGAGAACAACAGAUUUGGUCAGCUAUUUACACAGUUUAAACAGUGGAUAAACCUGUUGUCCAAUGAGACGGACACACUUGACUGAACGGUUUUUAUGCAUCACUGAACAUUGCCGAACUUGUUUGAGGAAGGUUACGCAGUAGAGAUUUGAAUAUGCAAGUCAUUUAUGCAACUUGAAUAUUUGAUAGCAAACUAUUUAUCUUGUGUAAUUUAAGUGUUUGCAACAUUUCAAUCAGGAGUUAAAGACGGUAUGAGAAAGAAAGAGAGAGAGUAUUUUUGACGUUACAAUGUUGGUAGGAAUGAUUCAUAACAAAGAAAAAUGUAUAUAUCAAUUACAUGUCUUAACGUGUUGCAUAACUUCCACUAAUAAUAUGGAAUGAAACUUCACACUUUAUAAAAUAAAUGUUUAAACAUUUAAGGCAGGAUAUCGAUUCUUCUCAAUUUUUUUUAAUUAAAAAUUAAUGAAAUUUUCACAGGACAAUAUCACUAAGUGUUGGUAUCAGUGAGAUUAAAUUUGACCGUUCAAUGUUAGAGGCAAGGUCAGGUCAAGGUCAUAAACUUUUUCCUGAACAUUAAAAAUUAAAAAAAAAAUUACUGGUUCCAAUCAUGCGAUCCCUACUUGUAAUUAAAAAGAUUGAAUGUUUUUCUUUUUGCAUAAAAAGAUACUACCAUAUAGGGCCUAUAAGAUGAUAUUACCAAAUUGACAUGGAUAAUUUAAAUAAAUUGGAUAUUUGUUAAUCCAAAUUUCCUCUACUUUUCUUAAUUUUUUAAAGAUUUAUUAGUUAUUUUUAUAUCCUUCUUAUAUUUAACUUUCUCCAAUUUCACAUAUAGUUAAGUUGUCACAUACAGGUACCAAAUGGUACAAAAACUCUAAGUUUUGAUCGUUUACUAAGAGAGAAAAACAUUUUUACGAUUUUUUGGCUUAAAUCUGUACUUAGAUUUGAAGCAUUUAAAAGAUAAAAUAAUUCUAGUGUGUGUGAAAAAUCUUAUUUAUUUGAUAUAUUUUGAAACUUAUGUCCCUUAUUAUUAAUUUAACUUACAUUUGAAAAUUUCGUUUAGUCUUCGAUUGCGUAAAAAUUAUAAAUAAAUUCAAUGUUCUAUAAUAAUAUUGAGAGGCAGAAAAGAAGAUAUUUUCAUACGCCACCAUUCCGCCAAAAAUAUAGUCCCUGUUAGUUUUCAAACGCAGUUUACCAUUUCUAUUUACAGUUGUAUAAUUGUGAUGAGGAAAGAAAAAUAUGGUCUUUUAAAUCUCUUACAUCUAAAUAUUUAAGAUAUAUCAACAAGUGUACUUUGAAUAUUCUUCUAGUUAGAAACCAGAGAAGAA